GUAAAUCUGCUUCCGCCAUUUUGAUUUUCGGUUUGCUGUUGGAAAUGAAGUUAAAAACAUAUUAGCGCACAUCAAUAUAAUUCAACAAGGCUAUGACUGUGGCCAGCCACUGAUAUCUCAAUAAUAAGGAUUCGAAGAUAAAACGGUGUACAAGGAUUAUCAAGUCAUGACUCCUAAGUUUUAACGUAAAAUCAGAAAGGGACUCAAAGCGGGUAUAAUGGGAGCGUUUCUGGAUAAACCCAAGACAGAGAAGCAUAAUGAGACUGGUGUUGGGAAUGGACUGAGGUUUGGACUCAGCAGUAUGCAAGGAUGGAGGGUUGAAAUGGAAGAUGCACACUGUGCUGUUAUAGGCUUACCAGGCCUGCAGGACUGGUCCUUCUUUGCUGUGUUUGAUGGGCAUGCAGGUGACCGUGUUUCAGCUUAUUGCUCAGAGCAACUUCUGGAAGCAAUUGUUGCAAAUGAAGAUUUUCAAAGAAGCGAACCGAAUUUGGAAAACGUGAAGAAGGGGAUAAGAACAGGUUUUCUUAAUCUUGAUGAAAAGAUGAGAAAUAUCCCUGAUGUUAUCAAUGGUAAAGAUAAAAGUGGCUCAACCGCAGUCUGUAGUCUGGUCUCACCCAAUCAUAUUUUGUUUGCAAAUUGUGGCGAUUCCCGAGGUAUCCACUGUCGCGAUGGUAGAGUAUGGUUUACCACUCAGGAUCACAAACCGGUGAACCCCACAGAGAAAGAGAGAAUACAAAAAGCUGGGGGAAGUGUCAUGAUUCAGCGUGUUAAUGGGUCACUUGCAGUAUCUAGAGCUUUAGGAGACUUUGAAUAUAAAAAUGUAGAGGGCAUGGGUCCGUGUGAACAGCUUGUAUCACCAGAGCCGGAAAUAUAUGUAGAAGACCGAAAUGAAAAGGACGAAUUUUUAGUGCUGGCUUGUGAUGGUGUGUGGGACGUUAUGUCCAAUGAGGACCUCUAUGAAUUUGUCAAGAACAGGAUGCAGGUCACUGAUGAUUUGCAGUCUAUAUGUAAUCAAGUGGUGGACACAUGUCUUUAUAAAGGCAGUAGAGACAAUAUGAGUAUUGUUAUUGUAGCCUUCCAAGGUGCACCCUCAGUGUCAGAAGAUGCCCAGAAUAGGGAGAAAGAGCUAGACGAUUUACUAGAAAAUAAAGUCAAAGAAAUCCUCAAUGGUCUCUCUGCCAAGAAAGAAGAGAGAUAUUGUGAUGUAAACUAUGUGAUGAAUGCACUUUCAGAAGAAGACAUCCAAGGUUUACCACCAGGGGGUGGAUUGGCAGCUAAGAGGACAGCAGUUGAAAGCAUUUUAAGCAAAUAUAAUGUUAAUUUGACCUCAAAUUCUGACACUGAAUCGUGCUAGCAGCAUCAGUAUGGUAGAAGAAAAGUUGCAGGUGCCUGCUCAGUUCAUCGAGUCUACAUACUCAUCAGCAGUAUGCUGGUCGGCUGCAUGAUGACUCAAAGUUUUUCGUGUGGCUGUCACUUACCUGCUUAACAGAAAAUAAGUUGACUGUGGGAAGCAGAUAAUUUGCAUCAGUUCGAGACACAUAAAUUUGUGUAUAUAUGAUAUAUAAUUAUUAUUAUCAUCAUAAUUAUUAUAUUUUUGUUUGUCAUGGCUUAGCUGGAUCUGGGCAGGUGGCCACAGAAGUGAAGACUUCGGACUGUUCUCUGUCAUGGUCCUUUUAAGCUACGCCUGCUACUAUAAUUUUGUCAGUGUAUAGAUGCCCUUUUGAUGCAGUAGUAUGGAUGAAUUUGUUGUAAUUGUUUCUUUUGUGGCAGCACCCUGCUUGUAAAAAUAGGAUCAUGGGAAAUAUUGAGUCUUAAUCUGCAAAGAAUAUUCAUGUUUCAGAUUUGAUACACGUCUUUUUUAUGUGAUCUAAGUAUUUGAUUAAAAUGGCCAAUAACUUUACAUUUCUCAUUUUAGUUGAAAAACAGAUAUCAGUUUGAUUGGGUUGUUCCAUGAGUUCCACUUUAAAGGCGGGUAUUCUUUGGCAGCUCAUUUAAAUCAUGUAAUAUUUCUGAUUAGGAAAGAUGGGUUUAAAAUGAUAAGUAUGGAAUUUCAUAUAACGGAGAAGGAAGGGCUUAAUUUUAGUAUGUGCAUACAUUUUUUUUUCCGUUUCAACAGGAAUUGGUAGUAAAAAAUUUGCAUUUGUUUGCAAGUUGGGUCUCGUUAACAAGUAAGACUUAAAAAUUGCCAUAUUAUCAUAUUUUAUGUACAGACAUUUAUAAUGUCUGUGUGUAUAUAUGCCGUAUACCGGUGUCUGUCCAUGUCAUCCUAUUAGCUCUUGCAUUAUUAAACAGUAUAAAAAUUGUAAAUGCUCAUUUUUAGUCUAGAUGUGCUAAUCUUAAAUCUAUUUUGAUGCCAUUUUAAGGUACAAUUGUUGGUUUACCUCUCCGCCUUACUUCUAACCAAUAAUUCCGUUCAGUUGAAUUUUACUUUAACAUUUUUCGUUUCAUAUUUAGCAAGCUCAAGGUCUGGUGUAACAAAACUGAGGGUCCGUAUUACAGGAACACCCCCCCCCCCCUCCUCCAUUUAGUUAUAACUGUUAGGGUUAGCCUGACACAAGUGGGUCAAAAUGUAGGACAAUGCUUUCCUGUACAAAUGAAUGGGAAGCGGACUCUAUUAAGGGUGAUUCCCUGUCACGUUACACUGGACUUUAUAAUGCGUGACAGAAAUGGUUUUGAUUUGCAAAAUGUUCAAAGGUAAAAUAGGUUCCACGACCUUGACCGCAGGUAAAAAGAUUGGAUAAAUUGUCUUAAGAAUGUCUGUAUUAUAUGCCAGCCUUGCUGACCAGUAAGUCAGAUGCUUGAAAUGGGCCACUGAUCUUUUAGGGCAUGUCUGUGAAAUAACGCCUGUGAACCUGUAGUUGUGCAAUUAGUUUUUCAAACCUAUUAUAGAAAAUCAAAGUAAAUAAUGCUAGGUUUUUCUGUGUUUGUGUUUCUCGACUUCUGAACUACCAUUACAAAAAGGCCCUUGAAGUACAAGCGACUCGAACAUACUUUGGUGAAUUAAAUGAUGUUCAUGCCCAUUUACAGGUACUAACUUCACAGCUCGUAAUAUAGGACGAUAUAUUUCACCAUUAAAAGCUGCCAAUACAUUGGCGGUACCUUUUUGUAACGGAGUGCCAAAUAAUAGUUUGCAAGCGCGUACAUUUCAUCAUCAUAUUAAAUCAUAAUUCUGAGCCCUUUUACCUAUUUGUAAGAUUGCAAGCACAAAGACGUCCGGGUAUGGCUGCGAAGUACGUCGGCCAAGCAUAACCGCCCUCGUUUUCGGCAGUGGCAAUUAUUGCGUCAUCAGUGGAUUUAGAAUGAAAUAUGGGGAAGGUGAUAGUAUGGCUUUGUAGAUUGUCUUUUUCAUUUAUGUAGGCGGUGUGUAUACUUUUUUGUUGAUUUUUCAAGUCUAUAUAUCUUAGCUUACUUUUUGAAGGCAGCCCAUGUAUUUUCUACCACGAAACUGCAUGUCCAGUUAAAAGCACACGUAAUGUAUAUCUACAGUUCAGUGGCAGAAUCGGGAAGUUAAGUUUUGCUCCCAUCCUGAUUAAGUUAUCCUUGUAGUUCCAUUGUAAUCAAUUAAACAAGCAUGUAUCACAGUGUGAUUCUACUGCCAUAAAUUGAAUACUGUGUAGAAGACGUGAUCCCAAUCUUUUUUUUUUCUAUUGUGAUGUGAACCUAAUAUAGAGGGUUAAUCUUAUUACACAGGAAUUAUAUAUGGUAUUGUAUCCAAUAUUGAACAUCAUAUAGCUUAUUUUUGAAGAAAUACUGUAAUAAGUAGUUGUUAUUACGCCCAGUAUGUGUGAAUGAUGAAAGUAACGUUUCACAUUGAAUUUAGAAAUAAAAUCUUUUGGAA